AUGCGGCCCGCCAAGCCUGGCGCCCUGCUGCCCCUGCUUCUCCUGCUCGCGCUGGCGUUGUCCCUGCCCGGGGCCCAGGCGAGGCCCCGGGGUCGCCGAGGAGCCCGUGCCACGGACCAGGAACCCCAGCCGUGGCCGUUUCUCCCCGCGGCCAGGGCCACCCGGAGCACAGCCAGGUCACGAUCUCGCGAAAUGUUCCUAAAAGAUUCGAACUUAAAAGACAAAUUAAUAAAGCAUUUCACAGGGCCAAUCACGUUUCCAGAUGAAUGUAGCGUACAUUUCCAUCGACUGUAUCACAAUACCAGGGAUUGUUCAACGCCAGCUUAUUACAAGAGAUGUGCUAGAUUGCUUACAAGGCUGGCAGUGAGUCCCCUGUGCUCACAGACAAGACCUGCCCUAGGAAUUAAGGAAAUGAGCUAG